CAAACUCCGUCAUCAUAGUGCUGCCGUGCAAGUUCCAAUUGGCUUAGAAGAGGACUUUCAGGGUCUUAUUGAUCUUGUUCAAUUAAAAGCCUAUUAUUUUCAUGGCUCCAAUGGUGAAAAUGUUGUAACUGGUGAAAUACCUGCCAAUAUGGAGGCAAUGGUUGCAGAAAAGAGGCGAGAACUAAUAGAAAUGGUUUCUGAAGUUGAUGACAGACUUGCCGAGGCGUUUCUCAAUGAUGAACCUAUAUCAGCUGCUGACCUAGAGGAAGCAGUUCGCAGGGCCACUAUAGCACGGAAAUUUGUGCCAGUAUUCAUGGGGAGUGCAUUUAAAAACAAGGGAGUACAGCCACUUCUGGAUGGAGUCCUUAGUUACUUACCUUGUCCGACUGAAGUCGGUAAUUAUGCUCUUGACCAAACAAAGGAUGAAGAGAAGGUCAUGUUACCUGGAACUCCAGAUGGACCUCUCGUGGCAUUAGCGUUCAAAUUGGAGGAAGGGCGUUUUGGUCAGCUGACAUACUUAAGAAUCUAUGAGGGUGUUAUCAAGAAGGGUGAUUUUAUAAUAAAUGUAAACACGGGCAAGAAGAUAAAGGUCCCUCGUUUGGUUCGUAUGCAUUCUAAUGAGAUGGAGGACAUUCAAGAGGCCCAUGCUGGGCAAAUUGUUGCUGUAUUUGGUGUAGAUUGCGCAUCAGGGGAUACAUUUACCGAUGGUUCAGUUAAAUACACGAUGACUUCUAUGAACGUCCCUGAACCAGUUAUGUCACUAGCUGUUCAACCAGUUUCAAAAGAUUCUGGAGGGCAAUUCUCAAAAGCAUUGAAUCGUUUCCAGAAAGAGGAUCCUACUUUCCGUGUCGGCUUGGAUCCUGAGAGUGGACAGACAAUUAUUUCAGGCAUGGGAGAACUACAUUUGGACAUAUAUGUUGAACGCAUCCGGAGAGAAUACAAAGUCGAUGCAACUGUUGGAAAACCUCGUGUGAAUUUCAGAGAGACAGUUACUCAACGUGCUGACUUUGAUUAUUUACAUAAGAAGCAAACUGGUGGACAGGGUCAAUAUGGACGAGUAUGUGGGUAUGUUGAACCGCUUCCGCCAGAUUCACCCAUUAAGUUUGAAUUUGAGAACAUGAUUGUUGGACAAGCUAUACCAUCAAAUUUUAUCCCAGCAAUUGAAAAGGGUUUUAAAGAAGCUGCAAAUUCGGGUUCAUUAAUUGGACAUCCAGUCGAAAAUGUUCGUAUUGUUUUGACAGAUGGUGCUUCACAUGCUGUGGAUUCCAGUGAACUUGCAUUUAAGUUAGCUGCAAUAUAUGCUUUUAGACAGUGCUAUGCAGCUGCUAGACCUGUGAUAUUGGAACCAAUUAUGCUGGUUGAGCUGAAAGUGCCAACAGAAUUUCAGGGUACCGUUGCCGGUGAUAUCAACAAGCGGAAAGGUGUGAUUGUUGGAAAUGACCAAGAGGGAGAUGACUCUGUAAUGACUGCCCAUGUUCCCUUGAAUAACAUGUUUGGGUACUCAACCGCCCUUCGUUCAAUGACACAGGGGAAAGGUGAAUUUACGAUGGAGUAUAAGGAGCAUUCAGCAGUUUCUCAGGAUGUACAGAUGCAAUUGGUAAACACUUACAAAGCCAGCAAGGGAGCUGAAUAGUUGAAAUUGCUAACUGAAGACCCAAGGUAGCCUGUGUACUUCAUCAUUGUAGUAAUAUUCUUUAUUGAUAGAUGUAUGUGUAUCUUUCAAUUAUAUUUAUUUAGGUGAUGAACUUCAUCGGAAGUCAUCAAAAAAUUUUGAGAUAUAGAAUAAACCCAAAUCCCGCCAUGACUUCGGCUAACAAGUAUUACCAUUAGGCUUUUUUCAUUAUUUUUACUUUUGCAUGGGAAGUACUGACAUAAUUUUGCUCUUGAUUAAUAAAUACAUGUACGUGAGCUUUGUUCA